CCAAUAAAUUGCCAACCUCAACGUCAACACCGCAAAACGCACGCUACUCACAAGAACACAUCGGUAUUCCCAACGGCCAAACGUUUUUUCUUUUAAAAAAUAAUCUUUUAAAACUUAAAAUCUCUUUUUAAAAACGGUAUACCAACAAAUCAAAUAGAUUCAGAAAACAUGUUCUCCGUCUGUCUGGAAUUCCUCGGCAUGGGCUCGUCCAUCCUGGGCUCCCUGCUCGUGAUGAUCGCCUGCGGGCUGCCCACCUGGAAGGUGUCCGCGUUCAUCGAGGCCAACAUCGUGGUGGCGCAGACCAUGUGGGACGGCCUGUGGAUGUCGUGCGUGUUCCAGAGCACGGGCCAGAUGCAGUGCAAGCUCCACGAAUCAAUGCUCGCGCUGAACCCGGACAUGCAGACGGCGCGCGCCCUCACGGUCAUCUCGGCCGUGCUGAGCAUCGUCGCCCUCAUGGUGACCAUAGCCGGUGCGCGAUAUACCAACUGCAUCGGCGACGAGACGGUCAAGGCAAGGGUGGUGGGCACGGGAGGCGUGCUCUACAUCCUCAGCGGUCUGAUCGUCUUCAUCCCGCUGUGCUGGAUGGCCAACAGUAUCAUCGUGGAUUUCUACAGCACCCAGGUUCCCCCGUCCAAGAAGAGAGAGAUAGGGUCCGCGAUCUACAUCGGCUGGGCGGCCGCUGCGCUGCUCCUCCUCGGGGGGACGCUGCUCUGCUGCUCCAGCGGUACCCGGGGGCUUAGGAGCGACUAUCCCAUCAAAUACGUCGCGACAAAGACCGCGAGCAGCGACAAAGGCAAGAAGCAUUUUGUGUGACGUCCCCUGAUGAGAGGACUUUUGAAUAUAGUGAAAUUAGGAAUUUGCUUUUGCACAGUCGAUCAUAAAUGUAAGGCAUAGUGUGUCAUACUAUAUAUUGCAGUCUUUGCAGAUUAUAUAUAGCCUUUGUAAAUCUUAUUGCCGCCUUGGUUAUAUUUGUGCCGGGUGGUUUUUAAUUGUAUGGUUUUGAUACAUUGAGUGUAAUGUAGCUCAUAGUGUGUGUUUUAUUUGUUUGUGGGAGAAGCCACGAGCAUGGACACAAGCUCAUUGAAAUGUUUACUCACAUCAUUUGUAUUCUUCUGAAUGGACUUUGUAUUUUAAUCCAUUGCUUUGUACGCGUUUCUUUUGUUUCUGUUUUACGUGAAACGAAGAACAUUUUUAAAUAAAAUUAAAACUAUUUUGG